UCUCCGGGUCACAUGAUGCCUGUCAUGGCCGCCUCCGUGGCCUGGGGAGGCGUGAAUGCUGGGUUCCUGCUGCGGGCUGCCAGGAGUGCCUGGUGGUGCCGAUCCGGGGGCUUUUGGGGGUCCGGGGAGGCGGCGGCUCCUGCGAUAGCCAAGAAGUUCCGGGCGACAGGCUCGCGCCCGGCGGGGGAGGAAGAAGCCGGCUGUCCCGAGCGGCCUGGGGACGUAUUCCACCUGGUUCCUGUGCCCAUCAUCCAGUUCGUCAUCUGCACCCCGAUCUGUCCCCAGGGUGAACGUGGUGUUCGUAGACCGGUCAGGCCAACGGAUUCCGGUGAGCGGCAGAGUCGGGGACAAUGUUCUCUACCUGGCCCAGCGCCAUGGGGUGGAUCUGGAAGCCACACUGGCUUUCUUGCUCUUCUUCAAACAGCCCAGUUCAUGCCUGCCUCAGGGCCUUCGCAUUUGCUGUUCCAUCAGAAGUGUUUUCCCACCAGAUCUUCUGGCUCCUUCUCAUCCUUCAGGUCCCGAUGAUCAGAUCAGAAACCCUGUUUGCCUUGUUCACACUUAUCUGUUGCCUGUCAUGGUAUUUAGAUGUAACAGGUAUUAAAUCAGUAUUUGUUAAAGGAAAUAUAAUAAUAGCAGACAUUACUUUAAGCCUGUUAACACAUGUUAACUGAUUGAAUCUAUUCCAUGAAAACUUUAUGCAGCAGGGGAGAAUAUUAUCCUGUCUUAUAGGUGAGGAAACUGAGCCCCAGGUUGAGCAGACCUGGUCCAAGGUCAAGUAAGUGGCAAAACUAGAUUCCAGCAAACCCAGCCUAUUUUAGCCACUAAUCUGUGCUGCUCUUCUAUGAAUAUUGAACACUUACUGUGUGCCAGGUAGCAGUGUAAAAAACAGAUAAGGCCCCUGUCAUUUGACACCAAUUUCAACCUAAUAGGGACAAUAAUCCCAUGCAUAAACAUGUGAUUAUAUCAUGAGCAACUGGGAAGAGCAGUCUUUUAAAAAGUGUACAGGGUUAUCUGUUGGGUGUAUGUAAUAGGGAGCUGAUUUAAUCAUUAGACGGGGAGAGUUGUAGGAAUGUGUGUGUGGGGCGUGGGGGUCAUAGCAAACCUACCUCAAGUUCUGUUCUGGAAUCCAGUGAUUGGCAGUUCAUGACAGAGAUUAGAACAUGAGCUUUCAAGGCAAGUGGCCUGUGUUCAGAUUUUGCUGUUGCCAACUGUGUGACUCUGAGCAAGGUCCUUAGCAUCUCUCGGCCUCCUCAUCUAUAAAAUGGGAUAAUUUAGUUCCUAUCUCACCAGGUUGCUGUGAGGAUUAAACAGAUCUCAUGUGUAGUGUGUAGUACCUGGCAUAUAGUUGGCGUGCAGUGAGUAGUUGGGACGAUUAUAUUAGAUAAUCUCUGUCUCAUGGGGUAAGGACGCCAACGAGUUGGGAAAGAGGGCUGAGGAAGAGAUGCCUGGGAACUACUGGCAGUUUCGAGGCCCAGACAGUUUCUUCCCCAGAGACUGGAAGGGUGGGCAAAUUAGUCACCAUAGCCCACAGGGAUGGUCUGCUGGUUCAGGAGGCUGCCUUGCAGCACCACCCUUAUUGUCCAACAUGUCUGGAAGAGAAAAGAGAAUUCUGUCCCGUUCACUUAUAACAAGUAUCUCUCGAGCAUCUACAACCUGCCAGGCUCAGUGCUGAGUACAGAGAGAAGAGGGCGGGUUGACAGAGCACAGGUAAACCCAGAAAUGAUGAUGGUAACUUCAGACUGUGAUAAACACUGUCCAGAAAUUACUAAAGAGAUAACAAGGGUCAGGGGAAGGACAAGAAAUGGGGCACUUGGAGGACAGUUAAGUCCCCAAAGACAACAAGGACGUAGCCAUGGAAAGAGUGGAGAGAAGAGCAUUCCAGAUCAAGAGUAUGGCAGAUGCUGAGGUCCUGUGGUGGGGAUGAGCUUGGCAUGGAGGAGUUGAGUGAGGGGAGCCAGUGUGGCUGAAGUGGGUGAGUGCAGGGGUGGGAGCAUCUCAAGGACUGAGUGGAGGAGUUUGGAUUUUAUUCUAGUUAUAAAAACCCUUUGGAAGGCUUUAGGCCAGGAGGAACAUUAUUCCGGAGCACAGUUCCCAGUGAUCAAUCAGAAGGUUGGGAAUGUGUCCAGGGGCAAGCAGGAAAUCCCAGACUCUCCAUCUUCCAACCCUUAUUCCCUAACCCCUUCCCCUGCUGCAGCAUUAGAUGCUGAGUGAGCCAGUCCCUCCGUCAGCAGCAGCAGGGAAGCCCAGCACAGUGGCAGGGUCACAGCAAGGGCCCACAGG